UCACUGUCAGGUAGUGGCGGUGGUGCUGUGAGCGGGUUAGCUGUGAGGCUCUGAGCUGAUUCACUGUAGAGUUUAAUAUUAGAGUUUAUUAUAGAGUUUUUCUGUAUUUAUUAGAUUAAUUCGGGUGAAUUCAGCGCUCUGCAAUGAUUCUUACCGCCGCUGGAGGUUUCAGGCUGAGUCCGCCGCAGUGAGGCGAGGUGAGGUGGAGAUGUCCGGCCUGGCGGGAGAGCUGAGCGGCCGCAGCAGAGAGGAGCUGCAGGAGAUCCUCAGCAGACAGGAGAAGAUCCUCCUCAACAAGAGGUUCGUUCAGACCCUUCCGGAUAAGGGGAAGAAGAUUACAGACUUUGUGGAGAAGGUGCGGCAGGCGCUGGAAGCUCUGGAAGAGGAGGAGGAGAAGCAGGCCAGUCUAUCCGCUAUUGGAACAGAAUUUCAGGUCCGGUAUCAGCAGGCUUUAGCUCAGCGCAGGAAUGCUGAGCGAGAAACUGUUAAAGAGGAGGAAAACUUGCUGGAAACCGGCAGAACGAAUCAGCCAAACACAGAGGGCGUCAUGGAGGCGUCCACACCUGCUGGCGGUGCAGAAGAUCUGGUGGAGGCGCUUGGACGGGUCAAUCUGUCUGAGGAAAAGAAUCGUCCUCUGAGAGACACUGUUAUUAACUCUCCACCUAGAAACGUCUUCAGUGCCACACAGUCUCAGAAGAAACCACAUUAUAUAGAAGUGUUGGACAGAGCGGAUGCAGAUAAGCAAAAACACAGAUUUAAACCUAAUCAACAAAGACAUAAAGGGUCAGGCUCCUCCUCUCCCGGUCACUCCUCUGGCAGUGCCACGCCCCUCUCUGCUGAGGCUCGGAGACAGAGGGACAGAAAGCACCUGGAUGACAUCACUGCUGCUAAACUCCCCCCACUGCACCACAGCCCCGCCCAGCUGCUCACCCUGGAGGAGUCGGCCGCCCUCCUGAGGGAGCAAACCAGAAAACAGCAGGAGGUGCAGGCCAGACUGGCUGCCCAGAAGUUGGCUGAGGGUCUGACUGUGACUAUGAGCGGCUAUAAUCCUGAAGGUGUCGCUCUGGGCACCUACAGAGAAGUGCAUGAUGAUGGAGCUGUCUCAGAUGAAGACUGAUGAAGAGUCUGGGCUGUUUUCAGCUUUCUGAAAUGAACACUGUUGGGCACAGACUGGAGUUCGAAGCUGGCUCUGCCUCUGGGUUCUACCUCAGCCUUUACACACAGAGAGGCUUUUAACUCAGAGACCGGAGAGAGUACACUUAUUUAAUACCGUCUUCUACUCAGGUGUCUUCAUGAUUUGUUCUGUCCAUUUCAGAAACGAAUAAUCUGCCUGUUCUGAUGGUGAUAAAACAUAUAUAUACUUAACCGUAUCUGCGUAUCUGGAACACCUUGCCUGCUGCUGGGGGUCUGAAGAAGAUACUGUGGAACCCAGUAUAGGUGUAAUGUGGAGUGCUCUUACUGGAAUAGUCCAGCAUUUUUAACCUGAAUUUCCUGUUGCUUUAUUAAAACACGCCAUUUGUUUCUCUGUCUCAGUACAGGUAACAUUUAAGGGGCCUUAUGUGACACCCUACUGGUGGACCCCCAUCCAAUUUGGUCAUAUCAAUUAUAAAAAAAAUAAUAAAAUAAAAUAAUAUAUAUAUAUAUAUAUAUAUAUAUAUAUAUAUAUAUAUAUAUUCAGUUUAUAUAUUAAUGCAUCUAAAAAAUAAUAACAUUGAAAAAUUACUUUAUUUCAGUAAUUCAAUUCAAAAUGUGAAUCUCAUAUAUUAUAUAAAUGUAUUACACACAGAGUGAUCUAUUUUAAGUGUUUUUUUUUUCUUUUAUUGUUGAUGAUUAUGACUUACAGCCAAUUAAAAAACCCAAAAAUCAGUAUCUCAGAAAAUUACAAUAUUAUAUAAGACCAAUUGGUACUUUUGGCAGUGUGGGCAGUGUGCCAAGUCCUGCUGGAAAAUGAAAUCCUCAUCUCCAUUAAAGUUGUCAGGAGAUUUUACAGCACUUCAUGCUUCCCUCUGCUGACAAUUUUUAUGGAGAUGCGGAUUUCAUUUUCCAGCAGGAACACAUAUAGAAUUAUGUUGUACAAAAAGUGUUAAAUAAACCUGAAUAUGUUUUAUACUUCAGAUACUUUAGAUUUGCUCAGUCAGCUUCAUAAGAUAGUUACCUGGAGCGGUUCUCCCAGUUUUAAAGCUCUGAAAGGUUGAAAAAUGCUGGAAUAUUCCUUUAAUACUUACGAUAAUGAGGAACUAGAUCAAUCUAUGUAUGAGACUAAGUGCUCUCUACAUGUGUUUUUAUGAGUUUAUCUCCUUUUUCACCUCUGUGAGACAUCCUAAAGGACAUCCUACAGCCAGACUGAGUCUUAGACAUGUGUGAGAUAUUGGAACAUCAUGUGAAAAACAGAUUCUUAUUUUUGUAAAACCUAUUUUGCAGUGAGUAUUUAAAAUAAAUAAUACUGACUAAAUAA